AGAUUUUAAAUUUGUAUGCACCUAAUAACAUGACCACAGAAUAUAUAAAUUCUAGUCACAAACCUGCCUGAAUAUCCUAUUUAUGAAAUUACAACAGCCACUUAUAAAGGGGUCUUUGGUUAAUAUUUGGUUUCAUUUACAAACUACCUUAAACUUCCUUAAACCUUUAAGACAGUAUCUAUAUCAUGUUUAACACACUUGCUUUUAUUUUUAAGCCCUUCAAUGAUCUAACAGCAGCAGUAACAGCAAAAAACCCUCCCAAGAAGUUCGCAGUCCUCACCACGUACACCUGUGCACCCUGGUCCAGGGCACAGUCACCUCUCGCCCAGGCUACUGCGUAUACAUCCCAGUGGUCGUGCUUCUGGGACGUAUAUGCUUAGGCUUCGGAGCUUAGGCUUCGUCUGGCCACUCUGCUGGCCCUCUCAUCUCCUCUCCUGCCCGCCUCCCCCACCAAGUGCUUGGCUCCAACACUGGCCUCCUUGCCAUGGCAAAGAGCUUCUGCAAAAAUCCAGGCCGAAGGUGGUGGAGGCUUGCAGCCGGUGGUGAGAGCGCAAGAGGUCAGAAGUGGGCGUUUGGAUACAUCAGGGAGACAGAGCUGCUGGAGGACCUGAUGGGGAAGCAUUGCGAGUGGACUCCAAGCGUCAGGAUGAUGGCAGAAUGUUGGUCUGAGAACUCUGAGAGGGUCAGAUGCAGAGGAGGCUGGAGCCUCACUCAGGCUCCCUCACCAGGCAGAGACCUCUCCAGCUGUCUGGACAGAAGAGUUAGUGUGAAGACUUGCUCCCCAAGUACCAGAGAACUGAAAGGCACGAGGAGAAGCUGGGGCCCUGCUGAGUCACGGGGGGCGGGAGACAGGACCUGAGAGAAAGGGCUGGGGAUGUGGAGGGAGGAGGCAGGACCCCAGGCGACGCUGUUGGAACAGCAGCCGAAGGGCGCUGGACCUUCCGCCUCAGGCUCCAGCCCGGACCUGGCCCCUGUGGGCGGGGCUUCCGGUGGGUGGGGCCUCCAGGGUGGGUGGGAAACUGAGAGCUACAGUCAACACCCAGCACCUGGGAUCCGGAGCUUAGUUAUUGACGCUACACCAGGACACCCCGUGGAGGCGAGGAAGUCCAGAAAGUUGGAGGCUCAUCCGUGUGGAUUUUGAAAUCACCAGAAACUGUGACAGGAGUGUCUGGAGAAGGUGACAGGGAACCAGGAGUAAACCCUUCAGGAAGGUUUCGGUCGACUGUAGUCUGUGUGGUCUGGUAAGAAAGCGGUGGUCUGUUAAUAAGGUGAGGUUUCAAAGCUAGGGCUUUUUUGGUGAAGAAGACACCGGUCUGGACGCGCCAAGCAGGAAGGACAGGGAAGCUUACCUCUCCCCAGGAGCGCCGGCCCAAGGAGAGUGGAGAGAAAAGCAGCACCCACGGGGGCCCACAGGGAGGCAGCGUGCCAGGCAGAUAGGGGUUGGAAGGAGAUUCUGUCACCACCCAGAAGUUGGGGGACAUGGCUCCCCAAAUGUGGAGAGGUGUCAACGCGCAAUUCAGGAGAAAGAUGUUGACAGCGCCCAGAUCACGGGGAAGGUACCGUCAUGCAUCGGGUGUUGGGAGGAUGCUCCCACUACCUGGCAUCAGGUGGCCGAGGGAAGGUACGUUGGUCUCAUGACCUGUAAGGGUGGAAGACGCCCCCUCAGUCACAGGGGUGGGGACUGCCCUUGAACCUCAAGCCUCGUUGUCGGCAUCCUGGUGCUCCUGGCUUCUGCCUGGGUCCUGGCUAUCUGCUUCCCUCAUUUCUAGCCUGAAGGCUGGAUUCCUCCAGCCCUGGCCUCUGCCACUUUAUCGUCCCAGCGACCAACUCCCGUGCUGCAGGAGAGGACCUGCAACAGUUCUAGCCUGGUUACUUGGCAACUCUGGUCCUGGCUGCCUGAGUCCACAGGCCGUUGCCUCUUGGCAGAAGAGGAAGGAACAGGAGGGCAGUAACAACUGAAGCUGACAUGUGCUGCGUGUUUUCAGAAUAGGAGCUCAUUUAUCUUCCCAACAACCCAGGGAUAAAUGAAAAGAUAGCCCAUUUUACAAGUGAGGAAACAGGUACCGGAGGGUAAGCGAACCCGUCUAACCACUAGCAGGUAAAGAAUGGUCAAACAUGGCUCCUCGAGCCUCUCCUUGCGGUCUGAACCCCCUGCCUGUGUGGUCUCCUGGGGGUGGGGGGCUGAGCCCACCCAGACCGGGUCCCAGCGCCCCGCCUGCCGGCCUGGGGUUCCGCCGACGCUUCCCAGCGGGGCACUCGCGGGCUUUCUCUCCUGCGCGCAGCCCGCCGGCGGGGGUGAGGGCGGGGUGGGGACUCCGCGACCCCCGCGGCCUCAUCCACCUCAGGGCUGGUCCCAGCCACCCCGGCGCCGGGGCAGUCAGCGCUCCCAGGGCUUUGUGCUCUGGGUGGGUCCCCACCGCCCGCUCCUGCCCGACGCCCGCGGCUUCCCAACGCUCCCCGCCCCGCACGCUCCUCCACUCCUCCGGGGCUGCGCCUCUGGGGCCUGGCCUCGGGGGCGACAGCCCACAGACACACCCAGUGUAGCCGCCUCCCGCCCCGCCCCGGGCGCCCCCGCACACCGCUGAGAGGUCGGUUUCGCGCCGGGGGUGGGGUUGGGGGGUUCCAGAGGGCGAGGCUGGGGCCAGACUAGGUUGGCCUCAGAAAGGAGAAAAGGCGUCUACACCGUGACCCCGGGCUGGGACCCCGGGAACUGGUGAUGGGUAAGGGGCCAGCCGGCGACCCCACCCACUAGGUACGCCUAGGACCGAGGUGACCCUUCCGAGCUGCCAGUCGGCCCACUCCGCUGCUCCGAAAAGCCCAGCACGACUCUCCCAGGCCCCGCGCCCACCUGCCCCUGCCCCUCCUCCCUCGGGCCUGUGGUCCCUUUCCACCCUGGGCAUGCCACUUCCUCUCCGGGCCUUGCAGAUCUGCCUUCUUUCCUGGAACCCACCGCAAAGAAGCCGUCCGAACCACCCAGUCGAAAGAGGGGUUUCCUCUCCCCCAGCAACCUACCCAUUUCUUUCUGUCUCUGGCAACUGUGACAUAACUUUGUUUGCCGUCGCCCCCCGCGUCGGAUUAGAACCCGCGAGACGCUUCCUCAGCCCCAAGGGCAGGCCGGGUCUACCGUGGGCCUCAGGAGACAUCUGUGCGAUGCCGACAAGACGGCCGCCAGGCCACAGUGGGCUGGAACCCUCAGUACUCAGAAGACCAGAGUGCUGGCGCAAGGGAAUUCAGAAUGAAAACAUCAAACGCGAAAAUAAGCUUAGCCCUCUUUUUUCCCCACAACGCCACUUUGAACUAAAAAACAAAAUUUUAACAAGUGUCCCUCAUUUUUUGUGAGCCCUACUUUGCUGGUGCUUGGCUCACUGUUGGGUAAUCUGGAAGAGACUGACAUCACCAGCGACCAUGACAUCACCCCAUCUGGCUUGUGUCAUCAUCGACCUUAACCCUGAGACGUCACCAGCCUGACCAGUGACAGCCUUACAUUCUGUUCCAUGACGUCAUCCUGCCUGACUGAUGACGUCACACCGCCCGCCUUGUGGCAUCACCUUCACUGGUCCCGUGAUGCCACUCUGCCUGUCUACGACCUUGGCCGGCCAGCCUCUCUCCUGCCCAGCGGCUGGUGUUCCACGUCCACUGUGUCACGGGCCUCGUGCAGGUGCUGCAGCCGGCGGGGGUCAGAUUCGCAGGCCGCGCGGAGGCCCGAGGGCCCGGCUGGGUCCGCGGAGAGCAGAGGCGCGCGGGCCGAGGCUCGCCGGCUCCUCGGGGGCGCCUCACCCGGUUCCCCUCGCGAGUUUUCCUUUCAGAUUUCCCGCGGCCCCAGCUCGCCCGGAAGGUGAGCCUCGCGCCUCCGCCUUCCCGGAGAGGUCCCCUCCCGGCGCACCGCUCGGAACGGCGGAGCGGGCGCGGCGACUUCCCCGCCUCGGCCCGGCGCCGCCAGACGCGGGCGCGGGCGGGGUGCCCCGGCUCGCCUUUGUCGCCCGCGGGGUCGGUGGGCCGGGAGCGGCCGCGUGACUGACAGCCAGCGGGGGCUGCGGCCGGGAGCGGGCUGCCCGGAGCCGGCGGCUCAUUGGCUGGCGCGAGUGUGGGAAAGAACGCGGAGCCGGAUUCACACGCCCCGCGGCGGCGCUUCCUUAAAUAGCCAGGCGGCUGGCUGCGCGCGCUCGGUCCCGGAGCCUGGAACCCGCGGGAGAGGGGCUCGGGAAGCCGUGCGUCCGGCCCGCCCUCGGCCCCGCGCUGCGCGGGGGCGCACCAUGCCUGCCGACACCCCGGGGAAGCUGAGGGCCUCGCCGCGGGCGGGAGCGCCGGCCGGUGCCCGCCGGACCCCGGACCAGCCCCGGAGCGCGGCCGAGCACCGGAAGGUGGGGACCCGGCCGGACGCGGUUGGCUGGAGCGGGGGGGAGAGGGGAGCUGACGCCCGGGGGACUCAGCCGCUGCCGGCCCUGCAGUCCUCCAAGCCCGUCAUGGAGAAGCGGCGCCGAGCGCGCAUCAACGAGAGCCUCGCUCAGCUCCAGAGCCUCCUCCUGGACGCCCUCAGGAAAGAGAGCUCCCGCCGCUCGAAGCUGGAGAAGGCGGACAUCCUGGAGCUGACCGUGAAGCACCUGCAGAGCCUGCGGCGCGUGCAGGUGACAGCCGCCCUCCGCGCCGACCCGGCAGUCCUGGGCAAGUACCGCGCCGGCUUUCACGAGUGUCUGGCCGAGGUGAAUCGCUUCCUGGCUGGCUGCGAGGGCGUCCCGGCCGACGUGCGGUCCCGCCUGCUCGGCCAUCUGGCGACCUGCCUGGCCCGGCUGGGGCCCUUGCGCCGCCCGCUUCCACCGGCCCCCGCUGCCGAAGUUCUGGCGCCCGCGGUUUACGCGGGCCGCUCGCCGCCGCCAGCCUUCGACGGCCCCUGCCCCUUGCCGCGCUCCGGGGCGGUCUUGGCGCCGCCCUUCCUGCCAGGCCGGACGGGGGAGCCCCUCGCCGCCCCCGGGGCCGCGGCUCAGGGCCGGGGUGCACCCUGGAGGCCGUGGCUGCGGUGAGGUCGCGGCCCCAGAACCCGCUGAGACUGUGCCAGAAAAUAUUUAUUUCCAGAGACCGCGUCGGGAGCUUUGUUUUGUCGUCUUCGUGAAGGGUCCAGUCCGGCAGAGGCCCGGCAGCGGGGUCGGCGGGUGUCUUCGCGCGAGCGGGCAGGGCGGGCCGCGGGGGUUCUGCUCCCACCUGGGCCCGCAGGUGCCCGGCGCGGAGGUUCGGCCGGCCUUGCGUUUGCCUGUAUCUAACUGCGCUGGAGCCGCGACCCGCCUUGGAGUGGGGGGGGGGGGAGGGUGUGUGAGAGGUCCCUCGGGAGGCUCAGGCAGGACGGGGCCAGUCAUCACUUUUUCCAGAAUGUCUCCCCGUGCUGGGAAGCGGUCCCGCAGCAUCACUGGGCAUGUUGUUUCCCGCUCUCACUCGUGAGGACCCUGGAAGGUGGAGACACGUAUUUUCACACUGUUGUCUUGGUGCUGAGCUGUGGUGAGGGCUGACUGUCCCUGAAGCUUCGGUUCUGGCCUGUUCCACGUCCUGCCUUCUUGUGGCCAAGCACAAAGCUGCCUGUGCCCACCCAUGCGUUGAGCCUGCCCCAGGCCAGUGUCUGCCCAGGAGAGGGCUGCCAGCAGGAGAGGGCAUCUGAGUCCCAGGGGCAGGGAACGGGGGCCAGCCCGACAAAGGGUACUUAGUGCUGGGGCGCUUCUCCUGCCAGAGUCCAGCCCUGCUGUGUGCCCCAUCCUGCCCUGAGAGGGGAGGUCCCCCUUCAGUACAAAGGAACUGGCAUUGGUCCGGCCUACGCGUCCGUCCUGAGCACCGGCUGUUUGUUCACCCUACAAUACAGCGAUCCUAGGCAGCGUUGGGCAUGGCCCCCCACCCGCCACCCCGGGAGUCGCUGUCCUGUGGUCCCAGGCCUCCCCAGGCUGCUGCUGGGGGCUGUGCUCCAGGUGCGGUGAGGGCGUGGUCCAAGGCACGCAGCUGGGACUGCAGUGUCUCAUCCUGAGCCCUGCUGAGGCUGAGGCAAGAUCUGUUUCCCAACCACAGCCAAGUUCACCUGAUGGUUGCCGGCCGCCUGCCUGGCCAGGGACCAUCGCGGAGGAGGAGGGUGAAUCACUGCCGGGGCUGGCCCGCCCCUCCUCCAGUGGCCCCAUCAGCUCCCGUGCCCGUGUCAUGCGCAGGGUUCACCUGCCCUCCUGGACUCAGCUGUGCACACCCGGCAGGGCCUGCCACGUCCCACCAAGCCAGUUCCUCCCCGGCCUCUAGCUGCCUGGCCCAUCUUCCUGAGUGUCCAGGGCCCAGGCCAGUGGUCCUGGACAGUUGCAGCCAUGCAGGCCGGGUGCCGCACCCUCUGCACACAGGCCCUGGGGAGGCUGGGAGAGCCGGGGCUCCGGCAGGACUGUGGGGGAGUUGCUCCUGACCAGCCUGGGAGGCCCUCCCAGCAGGAGAAUUGUAGAGGGUCCAUUUCAGAAGCCAGAAGUUCAGCUUGGCUGGGGGAGGGGAACCGCUCAGGGAGGGUCUCAGUGCAGGAGGGGUUGGGGGGGGUGCUUUGGGAUAUGAAGCUGGGUGGGUGGGUCCGUGGGUAGGGGGAGCACCCCACCUGGUGGCCAGAGAGAGAAGGGCUGCCUGGGAAGGUCACCUGGAACUUGGGUCAUCACACUCUCCCUUCUCCAGGGAGAGGGUGGCGACAGCGCCAGACCAGACCCCCCCACCUCCGUUCCAGGGCCUUGCCCCCUCCCUUACUUCCUUACUUCCUGUCCCCGGCCAUCUGUUCUCAAGACGCUAUUGCCAAAGGGAUCUUUGCGCCGAGCACCCUGUUAGCCCUCCAGGGACCUCUCAGGCUCAGAGGGAACCACACUGUUCCUCAGACAAGCAAGCUCCUCCCGUCUCUAUCCCUUUGUACUCACCCCCCCCCGCCCCAUUCUCUCCCCACUUUCCCACCUGAGGCAGCCACCCCAGGCUCCGAGGGCUCUGGAGGCCAGGGCGUGUCUCUGUCACUCACUCCUGUCCCCAGCACCUGCCUGGAACAGGAAGACGCUCAGGUCGGGCUCAGGCCAUACAGACCUCGUUAAUUAGCUUGGAUGAAGGAGGAGCCAGGAGGUUUGCCGAGGGUGUCGCCCUUGGUUAGAUUAGGGGGGUGUGAGGGAGCACACCGGGGGCUGAGGCUGGGCCCCUCCCCAGGCCACCCCUCCGCAGUAUCCUUGUCUGUGGGAGGAGGCCACACCUCUCUCCCCACUCAGCCUGGACACCUGCGCCAUCCGUGGAGAGCUGGGUUGGGGGGGGUCUCCCCGUCACACCAGGGGCUCUUCCUACUGCCACCCUCCCCCCUUCUCUGCCCGUUUCCUGCCCCCUCCCAUGCCUCAGAGGGGCUCUGGGUAAUUUCCUCUGUCCCCCUCCAUCCCUUUGGCUUGGCUUUUGUCUUGCAGGCCUUUCCUGCAGAAUAAUAGAGGAAGCAUCUUCUCGGGUGGCUGUGUUGGGGGUGUGUGGGAGGAAUCAGAACUGCCUCCUCCUGGGGGGAGGGUGUGGCCAGAAGGCCUGCUGAUCAUUUCUCCUCCACUGGCAGGUGGAGCCUCAUUCAUCUGUGGCCUCCUUCCAGCCCAAUUGGACCCUGGCAGGGACCAAGGGUCAAUAAAUGUUUGCUGAAUUCAUGUGCAAGGUCAGGUGAUCUGCCUGCCUCUGUGGGUGUCUCAGCCCUGUGGAGCCCUGUGACGCUGGGCCCCUCUGUCUCGCCUGUGGGGUCAGGGCUUGGGGACCAGACAAUGACAGCAAGUCAUAGGUGUUUGAAAUAUGGAGAAAGAAUUAGUCCUCAUGGUGACAGAAGUCCUCCUGGCCAGGCCUAUGAAACUCCAGUCACUUGGGAAUUUGGGGUGGGGCAGGGCCUGGGGCUGCUUGGAGCCCUGGCUUGUGAGAGGUGAGGCAUUAGCACCCCCACCAGAACUCCUGCGGUUGCCCGAGUGUCUCUAGGCCCCAGCAGCCUCUUCCUCUCCCCUGGCAUGCACUGGCAUGCCCUGGCUCCAGGGCCUGCUCCCUUUUCCCGAGGAAGAAGCUGAGCCCAGAAGGUCCUGCAGAUGUGCCUGGCUCCUCUCUGCUCCAUGGAGCCCUGGGGGGCAUACCCAUCUUAGGAUGCACCCUUGGGCAAGGAAGGAGGCCCCCAAGAGCCCCCACCUGGUAUUCAGCCUUGUAAAUGUACUGAGGUUGACCUGCGUGACCAGUAAGGUCCUGUAGAAGACGAGGUUGCAGGGGCAUCCUGGCCUACCUCUUUGUCUCAUAUUCUCCACUCUGAGAGAGGCCAGCUGUUCUUUGCUAUGGAGAGGCCAACAGAGUGUGGUGUUUAGAAGCAGAUCCUCCAGCCCUGUCGAGCCUUCAGAUGAGACCCCAGUCACUGCCGGCAUCUCACGGGCAACGCUGAGAGACUGAGAGCCAGAAUCACCCAGCUGAGCAGCUACUUGACUCCUAUCCCUCAGAAACUGUGCGACAUAAUAAACGUCUGUUGAUUUAAA